AUGGAGUUUUCUCAAAUUCAAAAAAAUGGAUCUAGUUCUGGUUCGAAAGAAAAAACUUCAGAAACUGAACUUGGUUCAACUUCAAAUAUGAAUUCGGAUUUUCAUGAGAAUGGAGUUCAUGGUAACUCUCCUUCUUUGUUUAUUCCUGAUGAUAUAAUUGAUGAUAGUGUAAAGGAAUGGGAGUUUAGUUUGACUGGAAGAUUGGAUCUAGUAAAAUUGAAAUUUAAGAUUGCAGAAGCAGCUCUUAGAAGACAAUGGAGAUUGAAAGGUACUAUUCAGUUUAUUCCUUUAGGAAAAGGUUAUUCCAUUAUCAAACUUGACAAUGAAGAAGACAAACUGCAUAUUGUAACUGGUAAAUGGGUAGUGGAUGAACAAGAGUUAACUCUUAAGAAUUGGGAACCAAAUUUUAAUCCAGCUACUCAAAAAACCUCAUCAGCUUUUGUGUGGGUGAAUUUCCCUGGCCUUAGUAUUGAGUAUUGGAAAGAGAACAUCAUUCUACAGAUGGGUAAAGCGAUGGGUAGACCAAUAAAAGUUGAUGAAACAACAUUGAACAAAGAGGCAGGGUAUUAUGCUAGUGUACAGGUGGAAAUGGAUUUAGCAAAAGCAAUACCAAGUAAAAUUUGGGUUGAAUCCAAAUAUGGUGGUAUUGAGCAAUCUAUUCAGAUUCCAAAAUUACCAAAAUAUUGCAACCAUUGUAAUGUCUUGGGACACCAUGUUGCAUAA